UGAGAGUAGAGGUAGGGUUGAUCAGUCACUGGUCAGCUCCAUGGUGUAGAGGGGUCACCUCCACCAGUCACACAACAGGAGAGAAGACAAUAGAGGGACCAACACAAUGGACAAGAGACGGUAUACCCUGGAGCCACCAGAGGUCAAACUCUACUUGGUCAAAGGAGACAGGUUUACCAAAUGGUCAGAGGAGUCAACCAAGACUGUGCCUGUCACCAUGAAAAUGGACCCUAAGGGCUACUACCUCUACUGGACUAACCAAAGCAAGGAGACAGAGUUCCUGGAUGUUGCAAACAUCAGAGAUACCAGAUCAGGAAAAUAUGCAAAACUUCCUAAACACCCUAAAGUCAGGAAUGUGUUCAACCUGGAUUUUCCAAACAGCGACCAUCUAGUCAAAACCCUGACUGUUGUCACAGGCCCAGACAUGGUGAAUUUGACUUACCACAAUUUCUUUGCUUACAAGGAGAAAGUGACACAGAACUGGGCUGCUGAUAUCCUGUCCAUUGCUUACAACCCAUCGAGGAACAACGCAUGCAGACAAGUCUUCAUGGAGAAAAUGUAUGUCCGCAUCUCCCUUCAGACCAAUAAGGAUGGCAAGAUCCCUGUCAAAAAUAUUUACAAGAUGUUUCCAGCUGAUAAGAAGAGGGUGGAGGGAGCUCUAGCUUCAGCACACCUCCCCAAAGGAAAGGGUGACACUAUGAAGCCGGACGUCUUCACUGAAGCUGCUUUCAAGCUCUUCCUGAUGAGUCUUUGUCCCCGGCCUGAGAUCUAUGAGAUCUUCACAUCCUACUCUGCCAAGGCUAAGCCCUACAUGACCAAGGAGAGCCUGGCCAAGUUUGUCAACGAAAAGCAGCGUGACUCCCGCCUCAAUGAGGAGCUAUUCCCCCGCUUCAGACCUGACCAGGUGAAGGCCCUUAUCGAGAAGUACGAACCCUGCUCCUCCAAUUCCAACAGAGGUCAGAUUUCUCCGGAAGGUCUGCUGUUCUACUUGAUGGGGCCUGAGACAUCUGUGGUCAUACUGGACAAGCUGGCCAAGUGUCAGGACAUGAGCCAACCUUUGCCCCACUACCUCAUCAAGUCUUCCCAUAACACAUACCUGACGGCCGGUCAGUUUUCCGGCGUGUCGUCUCCAGAGAUGUACCGCCAGUGUCUGCUGGCCGGCUGCCGCUGCCUGGAGCUGGAUUGCUGGAAGGGAAAACCACCGGAUGAGGAGCCUAUUAUCACCCACGGCUUCACCAUGACAACUGAGAUUCUGUUCAAGGAUGUGAUUGAGGCCAUCGCGGAAAGCGCCUUCAAGACGUCACAGUACCCCGUCAUCCUCUCCUUUGAGAACCAUGUGGACUCGGUGAAGCAGCAGGAGAAAAUGGCUAACUACUGUAAGACCAUAUUUGGAGAUAUGCUGCUAAUGGAUCCUCUGGACAAGUACCCUAUGAAGCCAGGUCUGCAGAUCCCCAGCCCAGCAGAGCUCAUGGGGAAGAUCCUGAUCAAGAACAAGAAGGGCAGCCAUGGGAAGCCCAGCCAGGCCUGCCCCAAGAAGACAGAAGAGUCAGAGCAGCCCAUAGUCACAGCUAGCGCUGGCCAGGAGCCCAACCAGACAGGCCCUACUAACCCUGAGGACCAGUGUGUGACUGAAGGGGAGGAGGUGACCAUGACCGGGGAGGAGGUGACCAUGACUGAUGACCAUGAAGAACAGCAGGAGGAUGAAGACCAGGAUGAGGAGAAGAUGAAGAACUCGGACGAGGGUACAGCGGGACAGGAAGUGACAGCGUAUGAGGAGAUGUCUGCCAUUGUCAACUACAUCCAACCCACCAAAUUCAUCUCCUUUGAUAACUCCCGAAAGAAAAACAAGAGCUACCUCAUCUCAUCUUUUGUAGAGACCAAAGGGGAAAGUAUGAUCUCCAAGACUGCAGUGGAGUUUGUGGAAUACAACAAGAGGCAGAUGAGUAGGAUUUACCCUAAAGGAACCAGAAUGGACUCUUCCAACUACAGCCCUCAGCCCUUCUGGAACGCUGGCUGCCAGAUGGUGGCGCUCAACUACCAAACUAUGGAUUUCCCAAUGCAGCACAACAUGUCUCUAUUUGAAUUCAACGGGAGGACAGGCUACCUCCUCAAGCAUGACCUCCUCCGCCGUAGUGACAAGAAGUUUGACCCCUAUUGUGAAAGGAUCGACACCAUUGUGGCCAACACACUGACCAUCAAGAUAUACUCAGGCCAGUUCCUGUCAGACAAGAGUGUGAAGACAGGCGUAGAGGUGGAGAUCAUUGGGUUGCCAGGAGACCCCAAGAAGAAGUACCGGACCAGGUGGUCAACCACACCGAACGCCAUUAACCCAGUUUGGAAUGAAGAACCCUUUGUUUUUGAGAAGAUCCUGCUGCCUGACAUGGCCUCUCUCAGGGUCGUGGUUCACGAGGAGGGAGGGAAGUUUCUGGGCCACAGGAUCAUCCCCAUCGAGGCCCUUCAGUCAGGCUUCCAGCACAUCUGUCUGCGCAGUGAGAGCAACAUGCCGCUCACUCUGCCAGCUCUCUUUGUGUACAUCGAGGUCAAGGACUACAUCCCUGCUGCUUUUGCAGAUUUCACAGAUGCCUUAUUCAACCCAACAAAAAAUUCUGAGAAGACAACAAAGACGACAGAGUCAUCUGCAGACUACAUCUCCCCAUACGAGAUGCCCCUUGUUAACGUAAUACCGACUGUUGGAGAGAAGGCUACAUAUACAAAAAGAGAGCCUGAGACUAAAGCUCCCUCUCCAGUGGAGGAAGCUGAUUCUACCCCUGGUACCCAGGAUACUCCGCCUACUCCUGAAGAGGCCCCUCCAGAGCCUGAACCCAACAUGGACUCACCGUCUCCCGCAAACACCAUCAGUGUGGAGGCUGAACAAGUUCCAAUCAUUCAGCCAUCUGUUGUUGGCCCCAUUCAGAGUGUAGAGCACGUUACAGAGCCUGAGGCCCUCCCAAACACCCCUGAUGUGGACCCAGAGGCUGCCCUAGCCACAGAGUUGACCCCUGACCCUAAGGUUGACUCUACUACCUGUACAGACCCCAACAGUAACGUCGACCCCACCCCAAAUGUUGACUCCACCUUAGAUGUUAACUCCAAUGUCGUCCCUACCCCUGAUCCAGAUGUUGAGUCCACUCCUGUUGCCGACCCUGCUAUAGCUCCUGUCCCUCCAUCUGAGCCCAGCUCAUCCGAUCCUGCACCUGAGGACUCCACUCCUCCAGAUGACAAUGAAGAGCCAGCCACAGUUCCAUGUGAGGAGCUACUACAGCACAAGAGUUUCCUGAAGGUCACCAAGAGACAGGAGAAAGACAUGAAGGAGCUUGAGAAGAAGUUCCAGAAGAAAGGGGAGGAGUUGAUCCAGAAAUACAGCGACACCUUCAAAGCCCUCAAGAAGAAGAACUCCAUGAAGAAAAAAGAGAUAGGGGGUGAAACGGCAGAGCCCGGCCCCAGGGUGGAGAGGGUGAUGGAGCAGAAGGAGAGGCUGCAGGUGGAGCUCAAAGCUCUGUGGGUGGAGCAGUGUGAUCAGCUGAAGAAGAGGAAGGAGCAGCAUGCCACUGAGCGAUUAGCCAAACUGUUGGAGAUGGCCACAGAGAGACACAUCAGUGAACUCAACACUCUGGCGAGUGAAUCGAAGGAGGCAAAGAAGAAAGGGAUGUCAAAGCGCUCAGGUUCAGACAAGGCAAGGCUGAAAAGGGCAAUGAGCGUGGACCUGGCUGAGGAGUCUGCAAAGACUGAUACAGUGUCCACAGACAGCAGUCCUCAGCAGGAUGCUCUCGUGAAGAGACAAACGGCCACACUGGAUGAGAUCAAAGGCAUGGCCAAUCAGCUCAAUCAGGAGGCCCUGGCGGAGUAUGAGAAGAAGAUUAGGUCACUUCCUGUCGAUCUGCGGGAGGCUGUGAACGUGUGUGUGGGGGCCCACUUCCCUGAGCAGAUAGACCAGGCUGGGGAGAAGCAGCAGGAUGGGGUGUGCUUCUAUGGAAAUGUCUUCCUGGGGUAGACGUGCUCCUGGACCUUUCUCCUUUCCUCUGUAUGUGGUCGAUAUCUGAGAACAUCAGGUGUGACAUGUUAGAGGUGUUGAUACUACAGUAUGGGAUACAAAUUGGAAAGUUAUCAAUGAGUUGUAAUGAUAAUGAUUCAUCAAUGAGUCAAUAUAGAGAUCAGUACACAUUUGGGAUAUUAGGAACACAUGCCUCUCUACCUCCUACUUAAGUCAUAUGGUCACAGCCUCAAGUGGUUCUCUUUCUGGCUUAACCUUUUACUGCAGUGGGCUAAAUUAGGGUCAUAGUGUUUCUUGGUUCUCUUCAACAAAUCUACUUUGAAACUUAAGGAUGCACCACCUCACACACAUGAUUAUGGGCUUUAAAAAAAGAAGACACCUGUACCAUGUCAGAGAUGUAUUACAUUUUGAGUUUGCAUCCGAAUAUUACACUUUAUAUACAUCACAGAAGACUGAAGUAUAACAAAACCGUUUGACAUAGCAACUGUUUUUUUCUGCGUUGAAAUUAUGUUCAUGUUUAUUAAUUAUGAAAUUAUGAAAAAUAUGAACAACAUUCCACCCAUGAGGUCACUAGAGGGGGAUUUCGUCAUUUGACUACAGGAAAGAGACAAUUAGAUUGAUGAAUUAGGUAUAAUGUGGAGAGAAGUGACUUUCUCUCAGUCUACUUGAAUCGAGUGGAUAAGUCAGUCUGUCACAGUUCAAUUGGACUGGGCUUUAUUAAUUUGAUACUCCCCCACACAUUUCAGAGAUUGGCUUUAUGUACAUGGGAGCACAAAAUCAAUUUUGUGUUUGUAAUUUGCUGAUAAACUUUAAAUAAAGGAAAGGUAGAAGUUUAAACUGUUAUCAGAACAGAGGAGUAGGCCAUGAUGCUGGCUUUGUGUCAGUUAUAUUCUAGAUAGACUUACUCUCACUAUGGGAGACUAUCUUUACCAGCGUCUGUGUGGUUGGUAGCAGUGAUGUUAUCUAUUUAUGUGUUUAUUAAAUUACAAUUUCGUACUUAAUUAUGUCACUAAAGGAACUUUAUCUGCAUUAUGGAUUACAGUGCUUUCGGGAAGUAUUCAGACCCCUUGACUUUUUCCACAUUUUGUUAGGUUACAGCCUUUUUCCCCAGCCAAUCUACACAUAUUGGCAAAGCAAAAACAGUUUUUUAUACAUUUUUGCUCAUUUAUUAAAAAUAUGAUAUUUACAUAAGUAUUCAGACCCUUUACUCAGUACUUUGAUGAAGCACCUUUAGCAGCGAUUACAGCUUCGAGUCUUCUUGGGUAUGACGCUAUGAGCUUGGCACACCUGUUUUGGGGAGUUUCUCACAUUCUUCUCUGCAGAUCCUCUCAAGUUCUGUCAGGUUGGAUGGAGAGCAUCGCUGCGCAGCUAUUUUCAGGUCUCUCCAGAAAUGUUCGAUCAGGUUUAAGUCCAGGCUCUGGCUGGGCCUCUUAAGGACAUUCAGAGACUUGUCCCGAAGCCACUCCUGCGUUGUCUUGGCUGUGUGAUUACAGUAGGUCGUUGUCCUGUUGGUAGGUGAACCUUCGCCCCAGUCUGAGGUCCUGAGAACUCUGGAGCAGGUUUUCAUCUGUAUUUUUUUCUGUUAAUCUUUGCCUCGAUCUUGACUAGUCUCCCAGUCCCUGCCGCUGAAAAACAUCUCUACAGCAUGAUUCUGCCAGCCCCAUGCUUCACUGUAGGGAUGGUGCGAGGUUUCCUCCAGACUUGAUACUUAGCAUUCAGGCCAAUGAGUUCAACCUUAGUUUCAUCAGACCAGAGAAUCUUGUUUCUCUUGGUCUGAGAGUCUGUAGGUGCCUUUUGGCAAACUCCAAGCGGGCUGUCAUGGCCUUUUAUUUAGGAGUGGCUUCCAUCUGGCCACUCUACCAUAAAGGCUUCAUUGGUGGAGUGCUGCAGAGAUAGUUGUCCUUCUGGAAGGUUCUCCCAUCUCCACAGAGGAACUCUGGAGCUCUGUCAGGGUGACCAUCGGGUUCUUGGUCACCUCCCUGACCAAGGCACUUCUCCCCCGAUUGCUUAGUUUGGCCGGGUGGCCAGCUCUAGGAAGAGUCUUGGUGGUUCCAAACUUCUUCCAUUUAAGAAUGACUGAGGCCACUGUGUUCUUGGGGACUUUCAAUGCUGCAGAAAUCUUUUGGUACCCUUCCCCUGAUCUGUGCCUCGAAACACAAUCCUGUCUCGGCACACUACGCACAAUUCCUUUGACCUCAUGGCUUGGUUUUUGCUCUGACAUGCACUGUCAACGGUGGGACCUUAUAUAGACAGGUGUGUGAUUUUCAUGUCCAAUAAAUUGAAUUUACCACAGGUGGACUCCAAUCAAGUUGUAGAAACAUCUCAAAGAUGAUCAAUGGAAACAGGUUGCACCUGAGCUCAGUUUCAAGUCUCUUAGCAAAGGGUCUGAAUACUUAUGUAAAUAAUGUAUUUCUGUUUUUAAGGUUUAAUAUACUUCACUUUUUCAUUAUGGGGUAUUGUGUGAAGAUUGCGGAGGAUUUUUUCCCAUUUAAUCCAUGUUAGAAUAAGGCUGUAACGUACCAAAAUGUGUAAAAAGUCAAGGGGUCUGAAUACUUUCCAAAGGCACUGUAUUUACUGCAUGUUUAUAUAAGACAGUUGUUUUCAGAGUUUAUGGUUAUAUAUAUACCUUCUGAUAAUAAA